UAAAGAAGACUACAAUCAUCGAUUAAUUUCUGCUUUCUGAAACUUAUGUAAUUGGUAUCUCUAUUUUUCACAAUGGAGGGGAGGUAUUAUAGAAAACAUUGGCCUGAGUACGAGGACCUCGGAUGGAACUAUUAUGGGUGUCCUACAGCAAUCGACACUCAAUCUAACUGGCGGAAGGAGAGUUCCUCAAGUGGUCCGACUGAUUCAGUCCUGGAGAGGAAAUGGAGGUGUUCAUCUCCAGUCAAGUUGGUGUCCCUCUGUCUGAGUAUCAUCUUGUUAGGUCUUAUUUGUGGAAUCAUUUACUUAUCUCAUCUCAAAGAUCAGAACAUACGUUACUAUACAUCCGAAGGAAAGUUGACGAUUAAUCAAGCUUACACAUCAAACCUAAAAAAUACAAAUUCGGAGGAAUACUCAUUAUUUACGUAUAAAUUUUGUGUUCAGAUGGAAAGAACUUUUAAAUCAAACAACAGUCCUUAUGGCAGCACCUACCAGUCCUGUGACGUACAGAGUCUAACGCCUGGAAGUAUAAUUGUGACCUUUACUUUGUACUUCCUGGAUAUAGUUACUGUGACAAAUGAAGAAGUUAUCAGUGUUAUUACAAGUUCUGUUAGAGUUGUUAAUUCUAACACUGUGUUCGGGGACUAUAUUGUUGACACGUCGACUCUCUCAGUAACAACGACUUUACAAGUAUAUGAACAAGAUCCCUUACCUGAAAUCAAGUCCAUCAAUCUACCAUCUACCUCAACAACGUCAACCACAUCUCCUUCUACAGAAAUGGUCACAACAUCAUCCACAAAAACAACAGAAGCAUCAACCACACAAACGACGUCAACCGCAUCUCCUUCUACAGAAAUGGUCACAACAUCAUCCACAAAAACAACAGAAGCAUCAACCACACAAACGACGUCAACCGCAUCUCCUUCUACAGAAAUGGUCACAACAUCAUCCACAAAAACAACAGAAGCAUCAACCACACAAACGACGUCAACCGCAUCUCCUUCUACAGAAAUGGUCACAACAUCAUCCACAAAAACAACAGAAGCAUCAACCACACAAACGACGUCAACCGCAUCUACUUCUACAGAAAUGGUCACAACAUCAUCCACAAAAACAACAGAAGCAUCAACCAGACAAACUACGUCAACCGCAUCUCCUUCUACAGAAAUGGUCACAACGUCGUCCACAAAAACAGAGGUGUCAACCACACAAAAGACUUCAACAACAGAUGCACCAACUUCAACGCAAUCAACCAUAGUUCAGACUACAGCGUCAGUAUUAACAACAGAUAAAAUGACGGCAAAUCCAGCGACAACAAUUUCAACAACAGAUGAACCAACAUCAAUGCAAUCAACUGCAUUUCAGACUACAUCAUCAGCAUCAACAACAGACAAAAUGACGUCAAAUCCAUUGUCAACAAUUACAUCACCAACACAAUCUUUAAAGAAUGAAACUACAACAGCAGUAUCAAAAGCAGUUGAAAACAUUACAAAAAUAUCAACAUCAGAAGAAUCUAUGUCCACACAAUUACCGACAGUUGAAUCUACGCAAACAUUAUCAAAAUCAUCAACAACAAUUGAAAGUACGACUACAGAUUUAACAAGUAAAGCAACAUCAACAAUGUCAAAUACCGUUCAAAGCACACUAGAAUCCUCAACAACACACAAAAGUACGUCAGCGCAUUUACCAACGGUUGAAUCAACAGUCGAAAGCACAUCAAAACCCCUAACAACAGUUGAAAUUACAACGACACAUUUGCCAGAGGUUGAAUCCACGUCAACAAUACCAACAACAACUGAAACAACACCAGAACAAUCAACAUCAUCGAAGACCACCUUAGCACCCUUAAUUACUGUUGAAGCCAUAUCCACAAAUUCAACGAUGGUUACACCUACCUCAUCAGGAUCAAACUCCACUGAAAGCACGACUAUGGAAUCAACAGAACAGAAUUCAACAGCAUCAACUAAAGUAAUAACUACUCCAGAGACAUUAAAAACAGUUGAAGCCACAUCGGUAACACCAUUAACAGUAAAAACAGCAUCGGAUUCUUUACAAACCGUGGGGAUUUCGACAGCAUCUUCAACAACAGAUAUAGAUACAUCCUUCGUAUCAACAGCACCAAAAACCACAGCUUCACAAACAACAACGAUUGGUGCAUCCACAGAAGACAGUGCCACUGUAAUAUCAGAGAAUACUAGCUAUUCUCUUUCAGCAGUGCAAACCACAACUGAGAUUUUAACAACAGCGACAGUUGGAAGUACACCAAAAUUACAAUCAACUUCCCAAAUUUCAAUGUCUUCUUCUACAGAGACCAUAACAACAGAGUUAUCUUCAACAGGAAAUUCAAUCUCACCAUCAACCGAUACAACCGUGGGAAUGAAAUUUACAUCAACAACAGAGACCUCGAUUAUGACAACACCAACUUCAGAUAAAACGACAGAAAACCUUACAUCCACCCAGAAUGUAUCGACCACAGAAUCCUCAAACACUGAUAUCCACAAUACCACUUUCACUUCAACUUCCUCAACGUAUGGUAAUACAACCAUGUACGAUACUACUUCUGUACCAGUCUCCCCAACGUAUGUAGAUACUACCAUCUACAAUACCACUACCACGCUAGAUUCUUCAACGUAUGUAAAUACUACCAUGGACAAUACCACUUCUACACCAGUCUCCACAACGUUUUUAGAUACUACCAUCUACAAUACCACUACCAUUCAAGAUUCUUCAACGUAUGUAAAUAUUACCAUGUACAAUACCAAUUCAACGACCGAGUCCUCAUUCUAUUUAAACACUACAAUCCACAAUGCUACUUCCACAUCAGUUUCCCCAACAUAUGAAAACACCACUAUCUACAAUAUUACGUCCACAUCAGACUUCACAGCGUAUGAAAAUACUACCAUCUAUAAUACCACCUCCACAACAGACUCUUCAACGUAUGUAAACCCUACCAUUUACAAUAUCACUUCCACGACCGAGUCCUCAACUUUUGAAAACACUACCAACUACAAUAUCACUUCUUCUACAAUGCUGCCUUCCACUGACAUGUCUCUGGAUUAUACAUCCCUCUCAACCACGGACCAUACACAGACGACAACAAUUUCUUAUUUAAGUACAGCAGAUGUGUCCUUCCCUAGUGCAACUGUCUUAGCCAAAGUAGAUAUUACACUGGUAUGCACAAUCAAAGUGGAAGACGAUUGGAGUAUCAUAACAGCUGGCCAGGAACUGGACUCUGAUAUCUCUGUCCUUGCAGAGUACUUCAUAAAUGGAACUGUGUCUGAGAAAACAGUAAACGAUCUAACUACGGUCACUUUUACAGGCGAUAACGAGACGAUAAUAGUAGCAUUCAACAUUCAUCUAAGCUCUGUGGCUGUGUGUCCUUCACUACUUCGUCUAACAUGUGGAAUCAAGAUGAUGGACAUUGCGGAAUCGUCUAUAACAAAUGUCAGCGUCGUACAUAUUACCGCACCUGUCAGUAACGUCACUCUUGACAUGAGCCCAUCAUUUUACACUGGAGAAAGAUUAGAAUUGACCUGCCGCACAAAAACCGACUUUGAGUAUGGCGACGUCGCCUUAGAGGUUCAAUUUCCAGAUGGAUCCAGAUUACAAGAACCUGCUAUGCGGAGCAAGUAUUCAACAACCAGGAACGGUGAUUGUACUGUGGAUUUUGAAUGGAUAUUCAAAAGCGAAUUUUCUUUCGAGCAAAACAUGAACGGUUCCAUAAUACACUGUGUAGCUUCCAACAGGUUACUAAACCACACUGUUAUUACAUCGAGAGUUGUUAUCCUUUUGACCUCUGACGUGUCUUUUGCCCAGUACUAUGUUUCCGGUAAGCCCGGUGAUGAGGUGAGCAUCGCUUGCAAGACAAAUAUAGCAGCGACAUCUAUACAGAACAUUUCAAUUUACAAAAUAUCCAACAACACGAACGUUACCAUAACGACCUACUCCAAUGGCAUGGUUACGAACAGUCCGGGAACUUCAGGACUCGGAAACUUUCAGAACGGAACCUUGACGGUGGUAUUUACAAGCUUACAGUGUAGUGACGAGGCACAGUACUUUUGUACAGUAACGUACGGCAGUACUCAGAUUACGUCCCCACUCUUUUUGACUCUACAGCCAACAACUACAGCAGGGUCAACACCUGUGUCUCUGUCUCUCAGUGUGGACAUUGUGGAGAAAAGUUUCCUUCAUUUGUCAGCACACUACUGCUCCGGUGAAAUCGGGUAUCCGGAAGUCAACGGAUUUCUCUCCCUUACAUUUACCAAUCCCAAGACCAAGGAAGCAGUUAUAUACAACGAGAAAAUGCUUUUGAAUUCCACCAAAAUAAUCGUUACAACGAUAUCUCUCAACAAAGUCAUCCUUGCUGAUGGUUUGAUAUUGCUGAUAAGAGAAGACGUUAAACUAAGUGAAAAUUGUUCAACUAUUCAAAGAAUGAAAUUUUAUCUGAAUGUUUCUAAUCAGUGGAACCAUGGUCAAAUCAAAUGUGAGAUUCAGACAGAAGAUGGACCGGUUCUCGCAAGUGAAAAGGAAGAGGUCUAUUUUGUCAUUCCAGCUAAUGCAUGUGGAGACUUCAAUGGGACUGGUACUGUAUUUAUCGAUCAUGAAAAAGUUGACCACUGCAAAACAUACAUUCAAUGUGAAAAGAAUCAGCCUCCUACUGGAUCAAGGUGCCCAAAUAUUGACCAAUGUGCUUACAUUGGGAAAAAUUACUGUGAGGAUUGCAAUAAUGCAGUAUGCAGUGAGAAUCCAAUAACGACAGCUUUGACUACACCAUCCUUUACUUUUCCAACAACUGCUGGUUCGACAGGAAACAAGUAUUUGGAAUGUACAUCGGUGUCAGUCUUCCUGAAAGAAUCAGCACAUAUCAGUUGCAACUUAAAUAUUUCAAACCUCCUAUCCUUAAAUAUAUCAAAAUCAAACUCAAGCAUACUAUCCGUCCAGUCUGGCGGUACAGUGAUAGUUUCCUCUUCUUAUUCUGGAAGACUUAGUGCUGUCUUUUCACUCUCCUCCUUGACUUUGGACAUCACUUUCCAGACCACCUCUUGUGAAGAUGAUGGUAUAUAUUCGGUAAUGAUGCAAUUCGAUCGGGUAGAAUCAUAUCUGACAACCUUUACUGUUACGUUGAAAGUGAAGCCAGGUAUACCUCAGUUAACACUACAUCCUAACUUGAUAGACGGGGAAAAUCUCAUGAGUCAUGUAUGUACUGGAGACGUUGGUCAUCCACCAGGAAAACUUGAGAUUCAGAUCAAGCGUCCUGGUGACACAGACUUCAGUAUCUACCAAUCAGCUGGUCAGACUAGGAUGAAUUCUGAGGUUGCUGGGAACUGCAGCAGUACACAAACGUUGGAUUUUUCAAUUGACCUUUCGUCUGAUAGUUGGCGCAAUGUGACUAUACGAUGCUUAGCCUUAAAUUCUGUGGCUUUAAACAGUACUGGUAAACCUCCAAGUUCCAGAGAAUAUACUUUGUCAAGCAUACCAGGUAACUACUGCACUAAUAAAACAUCAGAUUACUAUGAGGAACACCCAAUGGGAUGUCCAUAUUUUGUUCGAUGUGUUAAUGGAAGACCAUAUGGACAGAAAUGUCCAGGACAGAAUUUGUGCUUCGAUGUAGAAAAGAAAUCUUGUUUGACCAAUUGAUUGAAAGCCACUGUGCAAGAGUCAUAACAAUGCAAUCAGAAUAAAUGAAUUAGUCAGUAAUUGACAAAUGAAACAUUCGUUUUUUUUGUGUAAUAUUUUCAAACAGGGAUGUAAUCUGUAUCCAAUAUAUGAAAAAUAUCAAUGAUAACAAAUUAU